ACAUCGGCGAGAGCGGGCGCGGGAGAGAUGGGGGAAGAAGAGAGCUGCGAUAAAGCAGGUCCUGUGUUCAGGGACAUAAGGCGGUACUACUGCGAGUACUGCGGGAUCUGCAGGUCCAAGAAGUCCCUCAUCACUUCCCACAUCCAGUCGCACCACCAGGAUGAGGUGGAAGCGGCAAUGGCUCAAGGGGUCGAGGGGAAGGAGGGAGCGAAGGCUAAUAAUACUUGCGAAGAAUGCGGCGCCACUUUUAAGAAACCCGCGUACUUGAGGCAGCAUAUGCAGGGCCAUUCGCUCGAGGAUAAAGUAUGUUGGCUCAUCUGAUUAUGAUAUGAUAAUGGCGUGAAGCAUUGGAUCCCGUCGAAAAGAACUCCAAAAAGCAAGAGGCUGCAAUCUUGUAUCUUUAUUGGACUAGUAUCAGGUCGGGGGACCACCUGAGAAGAUCCGUCAAGUCAACCUCGGUCACGCAUGUUCUAUCUUGAGGUUUGAAGCAUCGUUCAUUUUUUUUUUC